CUGCGCUUUGAAAAUCAAAAUUGUAUAACAGCUGGACCAGAAACUUGAAAACAGAGACAGAAAAGAAGGCUUAAGGAAGAAGGGUGUGGACUUUUGGCUCUGGCUGAUAACAACUAUUUUGUGCUCUCUGCAAAUCCCGUCCGUUGUUCAGGUUCUCAAAGCGCAACAUUCGCCUUAAAGACUGUAGCUUUUGCCCACCAAAACCCAACCAAAUGACCGAAGCUCCAAGCUUGGUAUCUCAUCCUCUUCGUCUUCUUCGGCUUUACCUUUUCUCUCACCUUCACUCUGCAACAAGCUAAAGAGGGAGGUUCAGAGUAAAAAAAAAGAAGCUUGAAAAAUUGGGAGAAGAAGAACAAGGAGCUGAUUUGGUUUGGUGGGUCGUUUUCUGAUUGACUAAAGAAGCGAUUUUUAUUGGUGGGUUUGGCUAUGGCUUUUGGUCCAAUGUUUUGCUGUGGAAGGGGCUUUGGUCGAAAAGAACGAGGAAAGAAGCAGCCAACAUGGAGGGUCUUUUCCUUGAAGGAACUCCACGCAGCAACAAACAAUUUUAAUUAUGACAACAAACUUGGAGAGGGAGGGUUUGGAAGUGUUUACUGGGGUCAGCUUUGGGAUGGAUCACAAAUUGCAGUUAAAAGGUUAAAGGUCUGGAGUAACAAAGCAGAUAUGGAAUUUGCAGUUGAGGUUGAGAUAUUGGCUCGAGUUCGGCACAAGAAUCUGCUCAGUUUACGUGGCUAUUGUGCAGAAGGGCAAGAGCGUUUAAUUGUAUAUGACUACAUGCCAAAUUUGAGCUUACUUUCUCAUCUUCAUGGGCAGCACUCAGCUGAAUGCCUUCUUGAUUGGAACCGGCGGAUGAAUAUUGCAAUUGGAUCUGCUGAGGGAAUUGCCUAUCUUCACCACCAUGCAACUCCACAUAUAAUCCAUAGAGACAUCAAAGCUAGCAAUGUGUUAGUGGACUCAGAUUUCCAGGCUCAAGUUGCCGAUUUUGGUUUUGCAAAGCUAAUCCCUGAUGGUGCUACACAUGUGACCACAAGAGUGAAGGGUACCCUUGGCUACCUUGCACCCGAAUAUGCUAUGUUAGGGAAAGCUUCAGAGAGUUGUGAUGUCUACAGCUUUGGCAUUCUCCUGCUAGAACUUGCCAGUGGCAAGAAACCCAUUGAGAAAUUGAGUUCAACAAUGAAACGCACAGUCACUGAUUGGGCACUGCCAUUGGCUUGUGAGAGGAAGUUUGACGAAUUAGCAGAUCCCAAGCUCAACGGAAAGUAUGCAGAGGAUGAGCUGAAAAGAGUUAUCUUUGUGGCUCUGCUAUGUGCUCAUAGUCGACCCGAGAGAAGACCGACUAUGCUGGAGGUGGUCGAGCUACUGAAGGGAGAAUCGAAAGAGAAGUUAGCUCAAUUGGAGAAUGAUGAACUAUUUAAGACCUCCCAGGCUCUAGAAUAUAAUGAUGGGAAUGAUGGGACAUCAGCAGCUGAAGAUAGCUCAGAUUUCAUCUCAGAGGAAAAAGAUGAAAAACAGGAUUCGAAAUAGGAGGCCGUGCCUAGGAUUGGCCAUAAUGGCUGAGAAAAUGUGAAAAGACAUAGAUGUGUGUUUGGAUUUAAGGUUAAGGUAAGGUAGCACUGGCUGUCAAUUUGUUAGAAUUUCCAGGGAUUAUAGCUGCCUUUUCGUUCACAACCGUUGUUUUCGUGAGUGCUGUGUUAUCUGUGUGCAUUCCUCUUUUCCUUUUGCCCUUCUCAUUUUGGUUUGUUUUGAGCAUCUGAAUGACAUGAAGAACUGUUUUUAGUGUUUAU